AUCACAUACUUGCCUCCGCUUCGCUGUCACAUCCUCGUACCAGACACAUAUCCAGUACAGUCACCGCCUAUUUUGCGACUAGACUGUGUAUGGCUAUCAAGUGACGCACUGGACGCGUUACGAGAUGCGUGCUUGGCGUUAUGGGAGCCAGAGAUGGAAGUCUUAUUCGCAAUGGUGGAUCAACUCAUGCAAUCUGCUUGUAUGGCCUUUGAUAUGCUUGACUUGGUACAAGCGACAAUUGGACCGCUUCAAGGUAUCUUAUUUCCUAUACUCAAAGCACAUCAAGAGGAAGCCGCUCAAGCGGUGUUUGAUGCACAAACGUACAGCUGUGAAAUCUGUCUCGAUGUCAAACCAGGUGAUGCGUGUGUUGCGUUGCCUUGCCGACAUGUCUUUUGCAGAGCCUGUUUAGGUGAUAUGUUUGGCUUGCAUAUUCGAGAAGGCGCCGUCUCCCUCGUUCGCUGCCCAACCUGCCCACUCCCCAAAGAAACACCCGAGGCUUCACUACGACUCGAUCCAGACACGCUCAGUGCUCGACGCAUGCCUGUUGCAACACUACAAAAAGUCGUCUCUGCUGAUCAAGUCGCGCGAUACAAUCACCUCUCACGCAAGCAAGAACUCGAAGCACUCCCCUCACACACACACUGUCCACGCGAUUGGUGCGCCACUGCCCUUCCUCGGGAUCCGGAUGAAAAAUUGGUCGUUUGUACAGCGUGUGGGUAUGCGUUUUGUGCGGAUUGUAGUAGGACGUGGCAUGGCAUUUCUGAACCGUGUCGACGAUUGAAACUCUCCUAUGAUCUCGCAGAACAGUACCUUGCAUUAGGCGAUGACCUCUCCGGCAAGGGCAAGCUUGAACGCCUGUAUGGACGUAAGAAUCUCGAACGUCUUGUUCGUGAUAUGGAAGACGAGCGGCUCGCGGACACAUGGCGUCACGAAAACGCUCAACAGUGCCCGAAUUGUGAGAGCUGGGUACAAAAGGCGAGUGGAUGCAACCACAUGUCUUGCAGCGUAUGUCGGUGUCACUUUUGUUUUCUCUGUGGCGAAUCCUUGCCUGUCAAAAAUCCUUACUUGCACUAUGGAAAAGGUAUGGUGUGUGCAGGUAGGCUAUUUGAA